AUGAAUAAUUUGAAAUUAGCCCGCUUCUUUGCUACAAUCUCCAAAGAGUCCAAGUAUGUCCCAAACUCAGGUAGCUAUCCCCUAGGUUACAAGGUAGGGGCUAUUCAUUGUGGAGUGAAAAAGAAUUCUACUCUAGAUCUAGCUGUUCUUGUUUCAGAGACACCAGCAAGUGCAGCAGCUGUAUUCACAACCAAUAAGUUCAAAGCUGCCCCAGUCCAAGUCUCCAGACAAAUCCUCAAUGACAAGAAUGGAAAAGGCAUAUCAUCAAUUGUGGUAAACAGUGGAAAUGCCAAUGCUGUCACUGGUAAAGGAGGAAUUGAAGAUGCCUUGAAGAUGGUUGACACUGUUGACUCAACCCUGAAAAAUGCACCAUCUUCCACACUGGUGAUGUCUACUGGUGUAAUUGGUCAGCGUCUCCCAAUUGAUAAUAUUUUAAAAGGAAUUCCGGUAGCAUUGAAGGAUGUUGGUUCCUCCCAUGAAGACUGGCUCAGAUGUGCCCAAGGAAUCAUGACUACGGACACUUUCCCUAAAUUAGUUUCCAAAUCUUUUGAAAUAGAUGGCCGCAAAUACUCAUUGGCAGGGUUGGCUAAAGGUGCUGGUAUGAUUUGUCCCAAUAUGGCUACCUUGCUAGGAUUUUUUGUCACUGAUGCACCAGUGACGCCCGGUGCGCUGUCGAAGAUCUUAACAUACGCCACGGAUCGGUCGUUCAACUGUAUCUCUGUUGAUGGUGAUAUGUCCACUAACGAUACCAUUUGUGCAAUGGCGAAUGGGGCUGCUGGAGGAGAAGAGAUAUCUGAGACAUCAUCCCAAUUCUCCAAGAUCCAAGAUGAAAUUACACUUUUUGCCCAGCAAUUAGCCCAGCUGGUGGUCAGAGACGGUGAAGGUGCCACAAAAUUCAUUACUAUCAACGUUCAGGAUGCUCAAAGCUAUGCUGAUGCUAAAAAAGUUGCAUCUUCCAUCGCUAAUUCUGCCUUAUUCAAAACUGCUAUGUACGGAAAGGAUGCCAACUGGGGUCGUAUUCUUUGUGCAGUUGGUUAUGCCGAUGCAGAUGUUAACGUUCUCAAAACCAAUGUCAGUUUUAUUCCUGCUGAUGGCUCUGCUGAGCUUAAACUCUUGGUGAAUGGUGAACCAGAAAAAGUCGACGAGGAAAGAGCCAGCGAAAUACUGGAACUUGAAGAUUUGGAAAUCCGUAUUAGUCUAGGAACUGGAGGUGGUCAAGAAGCUAAUUUCUGGACUUGUGAUCUUUCUCAUGAAUACGUUACCAUCAAUGGUGACUACAGAUCCUAG